AUGAAACUUGCCCUCAAAUUGAGUGACGUUGGAAAUUUCAAACGAAUACUUGGCUUUGUACUUUCAGUAAGAAAGCAAUGCAUUUUCAAAUUCAAAGCGAAUGAGCUAAAUAUCAUUUCGGUUGAUCGGGAAAGUCCACUAAUAUGGGGUACUAUUGGAAGUGCUAAUUUUUCGAGGUUUGAUGUCAUUGCCAAAGAUGAAUGUAUUGGCUUGGAGUUAAAUGUAGAACCUCUUUUUCAGAUCAUGAAAAACUUUGAGAAAGCGCCUGUGACAUCUGAUCUGAUUAUAAAAUUACAACGUGGCGAAGAAUCUAAUACUCCCAAAGAUAACUCUAGUAAAAGAAAACGACCAGUGUUUUUACAUUUGUCUUACAAUGAGGAUAUCACAUGCACUUCUGAAAUAUCUCACUCGUUUAGUAUACCAGUGAGCCUUUUGCGUGGCAAGCUUAUUGAAAGGAUUCAGAUGCCACCCAUUCAUAAUGUUGAACUAAUUGCUGAUAUGAACCAGACACUAAUAUCCUUUUUCAUGCGAAUAGAAAGGUACAAAGCUAUUGAUAAUAUCAACGUAGUGAUGAAUCGGCUAGGUGAAAUUAAAAUAGAACUCAAGGAUGAAGGCAAGAAAAUUAGUCUUAAAUGGAAAAGCUUGCUAGAUACCUGCAGUCCAGAAGAGGUUGAUGCACUUACCCGCACUGAUACUGAAACACCAGCCACACAUGUUGCUAAUAACCAAGAGAAUAAUGAUAUCAGAAACAAAGAUCUGAAUAUGAUCAAAGAAAUUACGGUUAAAGUGAAGUCUCGAUGGUGGAAUCUUGCCUCGAAACUUAUUGAGUUAUGCGAUACUCUACAAAUGUAUAUUUACGAGGAUGGUUGUGUUUUCAACUGUCAUGUCGAAGAUGAACAAAGUUGUUCAUUGCUAUAUUAUCUACCUGGAAAGCUUUUAGAUUAAUUAGUAAUUUU